UUCCGGAAGUCGCGCACAGCCGCGCCAGGCUCCGCCCGCCGCCGCUGACGUCACUCUCAGUCCCUACCACUACCGUGCCUCCGCGUCCGGGUACGGGGAGAGCCGCGGUUUUCUCUGAAGCAGCGCGGCGGUCUCCGGGCCCCUGGUCCGUUCGAGAGAGGAUUUUGAGGUUGCUGACCGGCUUGGCCCGGGAGCACUUGCGUGCGGUACAGAAAGCCGGUGGCGCGCAGGCGUCCCCUCCCAAGCUUUUCCCCCUGUCAGCCACUCACGGUGCACUUGGUUCCGCCGAGGCGCACGACGGUUCCGCCCCCUUCUUCCUUGUCAUUGAUGUUGUUGUUCUUGUCAGUGCCGCAGCCCCGACCGCCGGGAGCGCGAACCCGAGCCGGGGCCGCCCGGGUGGUGCGGUGGCGGCGGCGGCAGCGGCUGCGGCUGCGGCUGCGGCAGCUGCGCCGGCUGCGGGGGCUGCUGCGAGGACUGCGCGGGCGGCCGGGGACGGGCGGCCGGCGUCGGCGGAGCCGGAUGGCUCUGUGCGGGCAGGCGGCCGGCGCCGCGUCGCUGCCCAGCGAACUCAUCGUGCACAUCUUCUCCUUUCUGCCGGCGCCCGACCGGCUGCGGGCCUCGGCCUCCUGCUCGCACUGGCGGGAGUGCCUCUUCUACCCAGCGCUGUGGCCCCAGCUCCGCAUCUGCCUCCGCGUCUCGCCGGCGGAGCAGCCGCGGCUGGAGUUCCUCAUGCGUAAGUGCGGCUGGUUCGUGCGGGAGCUGCGGGUUGAGUUCGCCGCCGAGAAUUAUCUGAGCGGAGGCGGCGGCCCAGGCGACGGCGGCGGUAGCGGCGGCGGCACCGACACGGGCACCGGAGGGGAAGAAGGUGAGGCCCUACAACUCUCCUCCCGCUGGCUGGAAGUGCUGCGCAUCUACUUGGAGCUGGUGUUGUGCGUGCUGCUCAGCAUCCGGAACAACAGGAACCUCCAGAAGUUUAGUCUUUUUGGAGACAUAAGUGUUGUACAGCAGCAAGGAAGCUUGUCCAGCACAUACCUCAGCAGGGUAGACCCUGACGGCAAGAAGAUUAAGCAAAUUCAGCAGCUGUUUGAAGAAGUACUGAGCAAUAGUAGGCAACUAAAGUGGCUGUCCUGUGGGUUUAUGCUGGACAUAGUGACCCCAGCCUCACUGUCGUCUCUGUCGAACGCCAUUGCCAGCACCAUGGAGCACCUGAGUCUACUGGACAACAACAUUCCUGGCAGCUGCACUCUGAUCACUGCAGUCGAACUAGAGCGCUUUGUAAAUCUGCGUUCGCUUGCCCUGGAUUUCUGUGACUUCACAGCCGAGAUGGCGAGAGUCUUGACCGAUAGCAACCAUGUGCCUUUGCAGCGACUGUCUCUUCUGGUCCACAAUGCUUCAGUGAUGCUCAAGUCAUUAGACAACAUCCCAAACGAUGAGCACUGGAAAGCCCUGUCACGAAAGAGCUCCAGCCUCCGGGUCUAUCUAAUGGUUUUUGAUGUUAAAAGUGAAGACAUGCUAAAGAUUCUGAAACCCAGUAUACCACUUGAGAGGGUUCACUUUGACAGCUACGUCACUUGUGUCUCAGGGGCUAUUGUUGAUCUUAUAUCCAGGCAGUAUGACAAGUUCCUCACCCAUUUUAUAUUAAUGAAUGAUAUGAUUGAAACAUCUGGUUUUCCAGAUCUUAGUGACAACCGAAAUGAAGAUCCAUUGGUUUUAUUAGCAUGGAGGUGCACAAAGCUCACCCUUUUGGCAAUUCAUGGUUACACCGUGUGGGCACACAACCUCAUUGCCAUUGCUCGUCUUCGGGGCUCCGACCUCAAAGUGCUGGAAGUCACCGAGGAAAGCAUUGAUUUUGACCAAGGUGAACUAGCCGACCAGGAUGUGGAUCCAGUGCAUAACCUUAUUGAGCAGGUAUCCCUGGGCCUCGGGCAACCUUGGCAUGCAGUCUUGGACAUUGAAUCACUCAGUGUCUUCACUGAACCAAAUCGUCAUUUUUACAGAGAGAUGCAAAGCUUCAGCGAAGACGUUUAGCUUUUUUAAAAUGUAUAAUUCCUGUGGCUACAUAUGCAAGUAGGGUCCCAUUAUGUUUUUUUUUCAUUAGUGGAAACUAAUCCUUUUGUGCUGUGUUUAAUCAGUAUUAGCUUUAUAGAACUCUAAAUGUAUAUUCUACUUCUUGAUCAAAGAACGUAGUCGGGUAUUGGUUUUAGAAGUUCAAAGUGACACUGACUAGGGCUUUCACGGUUAAUGGGAUUGUUAGCAAACCUUAAGGACAUACAGCCAAUGAUUAUCUGAGGUUACUGGCUAACUGUUUUUCACUGAGUUACUCUGCCUUUUUGACAUUUUUAUUCUUUGUUUGUCAGAAUCCAGAGCUCAGGAGCCAAAUAUUUUUAUACGUAUAUAUAUAUAUAUAUAAAUAUCCAUAGCCUGGUGGAUUUGUAUGCAAUGCACUGCAUCUAUGUAUUCUGAUAGCAUCUCAUUGAUUUUUGUUUGAAAUAGAAGGAAAGAUAGUAUCCCAAAUGAGUUAUCUUUAACAGAAAGCUGAGUUUAACUUUUAUUACCUAUAUAAUAAUUGAUAUUGCCAAUUACCAUUCUGAAUUUCAUAUAGUUUAAGUUAGACAUUGCUUAAUCCCUUUUUAAAUGUAUUUACAUAGACACGAACACUCAAAUUGCUGGAUUUUUUUAAACUAUAUCUGACAAAAAAUUUUUCAUCUGUUAUAUUCAAGUUAGCUUGUUUAGCCCAGAUUUCAAAACAGUAGAGGAAGAAAGGAACCAUAUUCCAGGGAAAGCUCUGAGGCUAAGUCAAAGCACAGAACUGUAAAUGCACAGGCUUGCAAACCAGCAUUAGUCGUGAAAUCCCUAACAAGUCACUGGAUUCUCUCUGUCAGUGCAAGUGUCAGCUGCCAAAGAAUAGAUUUACAUGAAGAAGUGCCCACAUGCUGGCAGGGGCUGGCCAGCUUUGGCCAGCCAGAUACUGCUAGAUUGUAAUAUUUAAGGUCGAAUUUCGACCUGUGGUACACAGCUGUGCUGUGGCUCAGUCAGCAACCUCAGAACUCUGAAAAAAAAUAUAAAAAAAGAAAAAAAAAGAAAAAAAAACAUGCACCUGUUUCACUGUGAAUAGUGAAUGUAAAGGAAGGAAAGGAAAACCAAAAGCUUGUUCCAUCACAGGUAUGAGCUGCUAUGAUACAUGAAGAACAUUCCAUGAAGUAUGUUUUAAAACCUUGUUAUAUCUGAGAGGCUUUAAAAGCCAACUUAACUGUUUCAGGGCAACCGCGGUACAGACGUGGUCUCUGUGAGACUUCCACCUGACCCAAGUUUUAAGUGGUACGAAUGUUGUGCAUUUAAUGUUAAGGACAGUCUGCAAUAAUAAAGUAAGUAGCCAACGUGGGUGCCCAGCAGUGCUGAGACCUGGCUGCUCUAUUGUAAGCUUUGGAAACACAAUUUAUGCAACAGAUGUCCAGAUAUGAUUCUAUUUAUGGAAAAGUUUAUAUGUUUUACAAAUGGUUUUACCAUCUUAUAUUAAAUGACCUUUUGACAGGUGUGCACUGUUUUGUCUCCAGUGAGCACAUACCAUGCGGAUUUUAUAUGUACAUCAGUAGUGUGAAUCCACUGGCACAGUGUGUGUAAAUGCCAGAUGUGGUGAGAUUUUAUCUUGUAUAUGUGAUCAGAUAAAAUAACUCCUGACAGAAACUGUAAGGAAACCAGCUGAAUGUUUGACCUGAUGACUGAUGUUGUAUGGUUUAUGUUAAAUGUAUAUUCUUUUAAUCAAUGAAUAAAGCAUUAAAAAGUGA